AUGCCAUACCUCAAACUCCGCGAUGGAGCCGAGCUCUUCUACAAGGAUUGGGGCAACCGCAAUGGCGCCAUCAUCACCUUUUCCCACGGCUGGCCCUUAAGCAGCGACAACUGGGAAAACCAAAUGGUGUACUUGGCUGACCACGGCUACCGUGUCAUCGCACACGAUCGGCGUGGCCAUGGACGAUCCACUCAGACUUGGCACGGAAACAACAUGGAUACCUUCGUCGACGACCUUGAAGAGUUGUUUGCGCAUCUUAAGAUCAAAGACGCAGUCAUGAUUGGACACUCCCAUGGAGGAGGAGAGGUCACUCACUAUCUCGGAAAGCAUGGCACGAAUCGCUUCAAAAUGGCCGUUCUUGUCGGUGCCGUGCCUCCUCUUAUGCUGAAGACUAGCGCCAACGCCGAGGGGCUCGACAAGUCGGUUUUCGAUUCGUUCCGACAGGCCAUGCACAAAGACCGUGCACAAUUCUUCCUAGAUGUCCCCAGCGGACCGUUCUUUGGGUUUAAUCGACCUGGUGUGCAGAAGAGCGAGGGACAGAUCCGGAGUUGGUGGCAGCAGGGAAUGAAUACUAGUUUCAAGUCGGCUUAUGACUCCAUCAAGGAUUUUUCGGAGACCGAUUUCACGGAAGAUCUUAAAAAGAUCAAUAUCCCAGUUCUGGUUCUUCACGGCGAUGACGAUCAGAUUGUUCCUAUUGGGGCUGCUGGACUCAAGUCGGCAAAGCUUUUGCCUCAAGGCAAGCUCAAGAUUUAUAAGGGGGGAUCUCACGCAAUUCACAACAUCAAUGUUGAUGAAGUUAACAAGGAUUUGCUCGACUUUAUCAAGUCAUGA